ACUUGAUAAUUUUGUUGGGUUUUACUACGAGGAGUUCACACCGUGGAAUAAUUGCGCCUCAUUAAGAAAGUCGGUUAGUCGAUUCUCAUUUUACAAUGUUAAGCUUUCCUUCCUUCCUCUGAAGCGAGCUCCUAAUUUUGCUCCAACGCACAUUGCUGAUUUGCACUGGUCUCUAUCUAUACACUUGUGGGGAACUAAAGGAGUUGCUUAAAGGGAGGUUUACUAUCAGUUGCUGGAUAUAUUUCUGAGAUUAUCUGGAAGGAAUGAUCUUAUCAGCUCUUCUAACGUCUGUUGGGAUAAAUCUUGGGCUUUGUUUUCUGUUUUUCACUUUGUACUCUAUUCUGAGAAAGCAGCCGGGUAACCUCAGAGUUUAUGCGCCACGUUUAGUAGCUGAAAGAAAGCUUAAGCAAAAAGCUGAGUUCAACUUAGAGAGGCUUUUGCCUUCAGCUGGUUGGGUUAAAAGGGCAUGGCAACAAUCAGAAGAAGAUUUGUUGGAGAACUCAGGUCUUGAUGGUGUGGUAUUCAUACGAGUCUUCACCUUCAGUUUAAAAGUAUUUACCAUUGCUGCACUAAUUGGUGUAUUCAUACUUCUUCCAAUUAACUUUUUGGGAAAUCAGCUGGUUAUUGAUUUUUCUGAUCUUCCGAACAAGUCUUUGGAUUCUUUCAGCAUUUCCAAUGUCAAUAAUGGCUCAAAAAGGUUGUGGAUUCACUUUUGUGCUGCAUAUGUUUUUACUGGGGCUGUGUGUUAUCUUCUUUAUCAUGAAAAUAAGGUCAUUACAUUGAAGCGGAUUGCUUGCUUCUAUGCAUCCCGACCUCAGGCUCACCAGUUCACUAUCUUAGUCCGUGGUAUUCCUGUUCAAGCUGGGAGCAGUUUUAGUGAAAGCAUAGAACAAUUUUUUACGGAGUAUCAUCCUUUGACAUACCUUUCUCAUACAGUUGUUCGUCAGACAAGCAAACUUCAACAGCUUAUGAACACUGCAGAAAAAUUGUAUGGAACAGUUGACCAGCUAAAAUCUGAAGAACGUACUAGUCAAGGCCCUCAAAGGUUAGGGCUCUUUGGAAACAAAGAUCGUCAUUUACGUACGCUGGAAAAGAAGUUAGAGGUUACGGAGGACAGUAUGCGGACGGAACAAUCUUCAUUAAAUAAAAAGGAUGUUCCAGCUGCUUUUGUUUCUUUUACGUCGCGAUAUGGCGCUGCAACAGCUACACAUAUUCAACAAGGGGUCAAUCCCACAGAGUGGGUUACUGAACAAGCUCCUGAACCUGAUGAUGUUUAUUGGCCUUUCUUUUCUGCCUCAUACAUCAGGAUAUGGAUUUGCAAGUUGGUUGUGUAUGUUGCUUCGGCUGUUCUUACAGUUCUAUUCCUUCUUUUUGUCGUGAUCGUUCAAGGUCUUACUCAUCUGGAACAGCUAGAGAGUUAUUUUCCUUUCCUCAAAAGCAUCCUAACAAUAGCUUUUGUCAGUCAGGUGAUAACUGGGUAUCUGCCAAGUCUCAUUCUGCAGUUGUUUCUGUCAUUUAUACCACCCAUCAUGAAGAUACUAUCCUCUAUCCAAGGCUACAUUUCCAUGAGUGAGAUACAGAAAAGUGCUUGUAAUAAGGUAGUAUGGUUUACGAUCUGGAAUAUAUUCUUUGCAAAUGUGCUAUCAGGAACAGCUUUAAUUCAAGUCAACGUGUUUCUUGAGCCCAAGAAGAUCCCUACAUUGCUUGCUGAAGGAGUUCCUGCUCAGGCUUCGUUCUUCAUUUCAUAUGUCGUAACAAGCGGAUGGACUAGUGUAUCUUCGGAGCUUUUUCAGCUAGUCAAUCUCAUCUGGAGUUUGCCAAGAAGAGUGUUUUCUAAAAAGGUGGCUGACGAUUUGAAAGUCUCAUCAAUUCCCUAUGAGAGUGAAGUUCCCAGGAUACUCUUCUUUGUGGUGCUUGGAAUAACAUACUUCAUUCUUGCCCCGCUGAUUUUGCCGUUUCUUCUUGUUUACUUUUGUAUGGGAUAUCUCAUUUUCCGAAAUCAGCUUUUGAAUGUCUAUGCACCGAAGUAUGAAACCGGGGGAAAAUACUGGUCCAUAGUGCAUAAUUCAACAAUAUUUUCCUUGGUCCUCAUGCAAAUUAUUGCUAUAGGAAUAUUUGGGUUGAAAGAUCUCCCUCUGGCAUCUAGCUUAGUAAUCCCUUUACCUAUACUGACGCUCCUAUUUAAUGACUACUGCCGCAAGCGCUUUCUGCCUAUAUUAAAGGGAUAUGCUGCUGAGUGUUUGAUUAAAAAGGAUAGAGAAGAACAGAAUGAUCCCAGAAUGACAGAAUUUCUCGAAAACUUAACAGUUGCAUAUCAAGAUCCAGCUCUGAAGCCAAGUCAAUAUUCUAGAAACACUGAUAGACAAACUUCUCCUCUUCUUCAACCUACUGAAAUUUGAAGUGCCAGGACUUUUUGGCGUGAAGGGUACGGGGUGUGAUAUACGUGAAUACUUAUGUGAAUUACACAGUGAGUUGGAUUUUGUAGUUCACUUGUUUGAGUAAUAUCUAUAGAUGGUAUGGUUUAUCGUAGUUUGUGAAGAUCUACAGUGAUAUGCAACCCCUGUGUGAAAAAAAAAAUACUCAUCGUAAAAGAAGUGUUCUGUAUCCUCCAUAGUUUAUGGUGAUUGAAUUUUCAACGUAUUGGGUACAGAGUAGUUUGUUACGUGACAGCUUAUAAGGUUUUUUAAAAAUUUUAUUUGUUUGAAUAGGGUUUUAUUAGUUCUCUUCCACUUAUUUUUGAAAUUAACUUUAUUUUGCGUA